AGAUAUGAUAGAACAUAUUCUUUUAAGCUAUGGAAGGAAAUACACUGAUGAUGCAGGGGACAUUUACUUUGAAAUGCGUGAAGAUAAAAUAUGCAGAGCUAUAGCACAAAUGCUUUUGCAAAAUGCAGUUAAAUUCAAUCUAUCAGAAUUUCAAGAAGUCUGGCAACAAAGUGUCCCUGAAGGGAUGACAACAAGGCUCGAUCAGCUUAAGGGCUUGGCUCUUGUGGAUAAAAGCUCAAGACCAGAGACCAUCUUUCUGCUAAAAGUAGAAGACUUACCUGAAGACAAUCAGGAAAGAUUCAACAGCUUAUUCAGCAUACGGGAAAAGUGGACAGAAGUGGAUAUUACCCCUUAUAUAGAAGACUUAUGUGCUGAGAAGCAGACAGUUGGUGCUCUUCUGACAAAAUAUGCUCGCUCCUCAAUGCAGAAUGGUGUUAAAGUCUAUAAUUCUAGAAGACCCAUCUCAUAA